AUGUCAGCAGAAGUGGAGACUUUGUUACAAAGACCGCAAGACCCAGAUUUGGGCGAUCCGGCCCCUCUGUUCGAGGCAUCCAAGCACGGCCAAACAGAGGUUGCACGCCUUUUGCUGGAGGCCAAUGCAGACAAGGACAAGGCCACGCUGGGUGGCGCUACCCCGUUGUUCAUUGCAGCUGCGUUCGGGCAGCUGGAGGUUGUACGCCUUUUGCUGGAGGCCAAUGCGGACAUGGACAAGGCCACGCAGCAUGGCGCCACCCCAUUGUUCACUGCAGCUCAGCACGGGGAGGUGGAGGCUGCACGCCUUUUGCUGGAGGCCAAUGCUGACAAAGAGAAGGCCAUGCAGGAUGGCAGAACGCCGUUGUGCAUUGCCAAUGAAAGAGGAUUCUUCGGCAUUGCACGCCUCUUGCAGGAGUCGAACACGGACAAGAACAAAAGAAAGUGUGUGUGA